UUUGCUUUCGUAACGCAGGCAGCCCGAGUUGCAGUAUUUUCUUCGGGCCAGAGAACAAGCAAGAACCCCACAAAGUUCAAACUGUAAACUAAGCAAAACCCAUAAUUCGUUUCAUGGCCACCAUUUCCAGCUCUCGCAGUCGAUUAUUUGCACUAGUUAGAAAGCCAUUCUCCAUGUCAAGCUCUCAGCAUCGUUCAACUCCCAGGUGCUAUUGUUCUCAACAGAGCAUUACCUCUAUUGAGGACGAUAAAAAUGGCGACAAAGAACUGGACCGCUUUGUUAAAUCCAAAGCAUCCGCCAAAACAAAACGAGCUAAAGCCAUGGCACGGCUUAUUAACUCCAAGCCCUGGUCAAGUGAACUUGAGCCCUCUCUCUCUUCACUCUCUCCCUCACUAUCUAAAACCGCUGUACUCCAAACUCUCCGCCUUAUCAGAACCCCAUCCAAAGCCUUUCAAUUCUUCAACUGGGUACACGAAAUGGGUUUCUCUCACACUGACCAAUCGUACUUCAUGAUGCUAGAAAUCUUGGGUCGUGACAGAAAGCUCAAUGUAGCCCGAAAUUUGCUAUUUUCCAUGGAGAAAAGGUCUAAUGGGAUGGUUAAGCUCGAGGAUCGAUUCUUUAAUAGCUUGAUUAGGAACUAUGGUCGAGCUGGGUUGUUCCAAGAGUCUAUAAAGCUUUUUACGACAAUGAAGUCGCUAGGUGUCUCGCCUUCUGUUGUUACGUUCAAUAGUAUUUUGACAAUUUUGCUUAGACGGGGUCGAACUAAUAUGGCAAAGGAUAUGUAUGAUGAAAUGCUCAGGACAUAUGGCGUUACGCCAGAUACAUAUACAUUUAAUAUCUUGAUUAGAGGAUUUUGUAAGAACUCAAUGGUUGACGAAGGGUUUCAAUUUUUUAAGUUAAUGUCACGUUUUAGCUGUGAACCGGAUGUUAUUACAUAUAAUACGCUAGUCGAUGGAUUGUGCAGGGUGGGGAAGGUGAGGAUUGCACAUAAUGUGGUGAAAGGUAUGAGCAAGAAAAGCAUGGACUUAAAUCCUAAUGUAGUUACUUAUACGGCUUUGAUUAGAGGUUACUGUAUGAAACAAGAGAUUGAUGAGGCUUUGGUUCUUCUUGAAGAGAUGAAUAGUCAAGGGCUUAAACCGAAUAUAAUUACCUAUAAUACACUAAUUAAGGGACUUUGUGAGGCACAGAAUCUGGAGAAGAUAAAAGAGAUUUUGGAAGGAAUGACGGAAGUAGGAGGAUUUACUCCAGAUACAUGUACAUUUAAUACAAUAAUCCAUGCACAUUGCAGCGCUGGAAACUUGGAUGAGGCACUGAAUGUUUUUGAGAAGAUGUCGGAACUGCAGGUUCAACCAGAUUCAGCAACCUAUAGUGUUUUAAUACGAAGCUUGUGUCAGAUUGGGGAUUACAGUAGAGCAGAGAAGUUAUUUGGUGAGCUAUCUGAGAAGAAAAUCCUGCUUUGUGAUGUUGGAUGUAAGCCCCUAGUUGCUGCAUAUAACCCCAUGUUUGAAUAUUUGUGUGGAAAUGGGAAAACUAAUAAGGCUGAGAUAGUGUUUAGGCAGUUAAUGAAAAGGGGAAGACAAGAUCCUCCUUCAUACAAAACUUUAAUCAUGGGGCACUGUAGGGAAGGUACGUAUGAAGCUGGAUAUGAACUGUUAGUCUGGAUGUUAAGGAGAGAUUUUGUGCCAGAUUUCGAGAUCUAUGAAUCCUUGAUUGGUGGUUUCUUGCAGAAGGGAAGGCCUCUUCUUGCCCAGCAGACUCUAGAGAAGAUGCUGAAAAGCUCUCAUCUCCCAAAAACGUCCACUUUCCAUUCCAUACUUGCAGAACUUAUUGAGAAGGGAUGUGCCCGUGAAUCUUCCAGUUUUAUAAUGUUGAUGUUAGAGAGAAAGAUUAGACAAAAUAUUAAUCUUUCAACCGACUGUAUAAGGCUACUUCUUGAUAGGGGAUUGCGAGAUAAAGCAUUUCAGAUUGUUGGCAUGAUUUAUGAGAAUGGGUACUCAGUUAAGAUAGAAGAAUUGGUUGGUUUCCUUUGCCAGAGUAGAAAGCUGUUAGAGGCUCGUGACAUGUUUCUUUUUAGCUUGGAUAAGCAUCAAAAUAUUGACACCAACACAUGCAACAUACUUAUAGUGGGCCUUUGUAAAAUGAAAAAACUUUCAGAAGCAUUUGGCUUGUACUAUGAAUUGGUGGAGAAAGGAGUCCAUCAACAACUGACCUGCCUAUAUGAUUUGAAAACUGCCCUAGAUGCUGGGGGAAGAUCAGAUCAAGCUGAGUUUGUAUCUAAAAGAAUGUCAGGACAGGGACAUUUGGACAAACCUGGUUCAAAGUCAAGACCUAAACAAUUAUGCCAACUCUCCCUAAGUUCGCAUCAGACCCAAAUUUAUCUUUUAUCGCAACAACUCCUCAAGAUGUCGAGGACUUAUGGUAAUGGUGCUGUUAAUGAAUAUCCUGCACAAAUUAGACGCAUUCCCACACCAGGGAAAGCAACAGUUCUUGCUCUGGGCAAGGCCUUCCCUAGCCAACUCAUUCCUCAGGAAUGCUUGGUGGAGGGUUACAUUCGCGACACAAAAUGUGAAGACCUGUCCAUCAAAGAGAAAUUGGAGCGCCUGUGUAAAACCACCACCGUGAAGACAAGAUACACAGUGAUGUCCAAGGAGAUCCUAGACAAGUACCCGGAACUAGCGACAGAGGGGUCACCAACGAUCAAACAAAAGCUUGAAAUCGCAAACCCGGCAGUUCUAGAGAUGGCCAUGGAAGCCAGCCUUGCCUGCAUCAAGGAAUGGGGAAGGCCAGCUGAAGAUAUCACCCAUAUCGUCUAUGUUUCUUCAAGUGAAAUACGAUUACCCGGUGGAGAUCUCUACCUUGCCAGCCAACUAGGCCUAAGGAAUGAUGUUGGCCGCGUGAUGCUAUACUUUCUAGGCUGCUAUGGCGGUGUCACUGGCCUUAGGGUUGCCAAGGAUAUAGCUGAAAACAAUCCAGGAAGCCGGGUUUUGUUAACUACUUCCGAAACCACCAUACUUGGUUUUCGCCCACCAAACAAGGAACGCCCUUAUGAUCUUGUGGGGGCUGCACUUUUUGGUGAUGGAGCUGCGGCCGUGAUCAUUGGAAGCAACCCACUGAAGGGUCAAGAGUCUCCUUUCAUGGAACUGAACUAUGCUGUCCAACAAUUCUUGCCAGAGACGCAUACUGUGAUCGACGGGAAGCUUUCCGAAGAGGGCAUAAACUUCAGGCUUGGAAGAGACCUGCCCCAGAAGAUAGAGGACAACAUUGAGGAGUUCUGUAAGAAGCUCAUGGCAAAGGCUAAUUUGAUAAACUUCAAUGAUUUGUUUUGGGCCGUUCAUCCCGGUGGACCAGCAAUUCUUAAUAGGCUUGAGAGCACCCUCAAUUUAACAAGUGAAAAGCUAAAGUGCAGUAGAAGGGCAUUGAUGGACUAUGGGAAUGUUAGUAGCAACACUAUAUUUUAUGUCAUAGACUAUAUGAGGGAGGAGUUGAAGAGAGGGACUGAAGAAUGGGGGCUUGCCUUAGCAUUUGGACCAGGCAUUACGUUCGAAGGCAUCCUCAUCCGUUGCCUGUAAUCACAUCUUGCAGCCAUCUUCCUCGUCUAAAGUGCAUGUCUUAUGUACUAUGCUAUGUUGCAUUUGAAGUUAGGAAUUCUAUGAAAUCGAUUCAGUGUACAACUUCGAAGUCUCUCUUAAGUUAUGGAAUAACAUGAAACUUGAUGGCUA